AAAAACAGUCCCUCUUUGUGCUUGAGGCGUCGGCCGGUCAUCAUUGAAGGCUGCUUUUGGGGGUACCUACACGGCUACACUUCGAAGCCUCGAAUCCUCUCAGAGUUGUCAUAUUCUGACCACCUGCCACCAAGGAUGAAUCCAGGUGGAGAUGAGAAUUACAACUAUGCUCCUCACCAUGAUCCUGACUGCGAUCCUGACUACGAUCUCUUCUACAACAUGUAUCCCUUGGUUCUUGUUGACCCCUGCGACGCCUUGGGAGUAGCGCCCACGAACGAUGAGCCAAUCGACCCCACGCCCGCUGACUUGUUGUUUUACCGACACUUCCCGAUUGAAGGCCUUGUCCCACUUCUUCAAGAUGAGACCCACCUCCUGAGUUCGCAAGCGGGUCAAGUCCAGGAGAAACCACACCAUUCAGACCAACGACAAUACCUGGGACUUGAUAUUCACUACCAGCAAGCUCUGGUGAAUGGUGAGCAACUAAAACAAGACCCACCCUAUUCACAAUAUGUGGGUCAGCAAACUGUUGGCCAGGAGAAAAGGCUGCGCUUGUCACCACUUCCUGACGAUCAACAACCACCGCUUCCCGACGAUCAACAGCCAGUUCCCAAAGAUCAAAACGCACCUCACACAGCAAAGAACCAAGAAACAGUAACCAUGGCCAACAACAAAGCCAAAGUCACUUGUGAAGGGUGUGGCAAGGCCCUUGGGGCUAGGAGCAUGUACAAUCAUAAGAAAAUCUGCCGCAAGCUCAACUCCGAGGACGAGCUCGACCUGCCCAAGUGCACUCUCCCAGUUCUCGGCGGCGGCCCGGAAAGAUCUGCAACACCCUGCACCGCAGCAAAACAGCCCUCCGUGAUCACCAGCAAACAAGGCAUCACUAUUGCCCCCCCCGGCGAGGCCAGCUACGACAAGCGCAUCAGCAUCGAUUCCAGCUACCUGACAAGACUCUCCAAGACUGUCUUGAUGGCUCGGGUGCGCCUGGAGGGCGAGCAGCUGCGCGAACAUGUGGACGAGCUCACGAACGACAAGGUCAUUGAGAACAUUGACAAACAGACGCAGCAGUCAACAUCGAAAGCAAGUCUUCCGACUCCCGCCUCGUCUACUGGGUCAUCCGCGACCUCCAGCCAGUCUCAGCAACCUUUACCCCUCCCUCCAGGCCCUCCCACGGGGUUUCCACCCCAGAAGGGCACACUCGAAACCGGCAGCCUGGGCCUUGACUUCCUCCGCCUGAACCUCUUCCGCCCCCAAGAUGGCAUUCUUCUCUCACACAACACGCCCGGAACGAGCCACAACAUCCUCGACUAUCUCAACCCAAUCCUGAACCAAGCUGUCGUACAAAAGGCGGACAUUUACCUGUUUGGCGAGCCGUACAAUGACAAGACCGGGAUUCAUGAUAUCCACAUGAAUCAAGGGAACUCGGGACAGUGGAAGAAGGACAAUGGAAUUUUUCAAGACGGCGGAAUCAUCCUGGCCUUUCCUGAUGGUCAUUGGGAGGGCAUAUUUCUUGCGUUUGCCGUGCAGACGUACAAGACUGAUGAGCAGGGCAUGCCGGUUGGCGACACGUUUGCCAAGUUGCUGGGUGGAGGAAAGCAGCCUGGUGAGGGUGAUGAGGAAGAGCCGGAGCCGAUUGUAGGAGAUGGGAUCAAGAUUGAGGCUGCGUUGGUCAAUCCUCAUGGACCGGACCAGCAGCCUACCAGGGGAGAUGGGGAGACGGUGUACUUGCUUAAUCGUUCUGUGACGACGGUGGACUUGGAGGGUUGGAGGAUUGUGAAUGGAUCGGGGCAAAGUCAUGUCUUGAAAGGAGUGUCUUUGGCAGUGCAGAGCAAGAAGGGGAUUGCUGUGCCCGGGGUGGCGUUGGGUAACAAGGGAGGGGUCAUUUCUUUGAAGGACAACGGCGGAAAACUGGUGCACCAAGUCAAGUACUCGAGAGAUCAGGCUCAGAGGGAGGGAGCGCUGGUGUAUUUCUUGCAGAAGUGA